GCCUGGCCGAGACAUCCCCGCCCUCGCCCCGCCACGCCCUCCGGCCCCGCCUGCCUGAUUGGGGGGGAGGCGGCGGCUCUGGGCGCGGGGACUCGGCGGGCGGCGUGGAGCGCGGAGCUGGGACUGGACGCCGCCGCCACCUGCACGGCGGUCAGCAAGAUGUCAUGGCACCCCCAGUACCGGAGCUCCAAGUUCCGCCACGUCUUUGGCAAACCGGCCAGCAAGGAGAACUGCUACGACUCCGUGCCCAUCACCCGCAGCGUUCACGACAAUCACUUCUGUGCAGUGAACCCCCACUUCAUCGCAGUGGUCACUGAGUGUGCAGGUGGGGGCGCCUUCCUCGUCAUCCCCCUGCACCAGACAGGAAAAUUGGACCCCCACUACCCCAAGGUCUGCGGGCACAGAGGGAACAUCCUAGACAUCAAGUGGAACCCUUUCAAUGACUUCGAGAUUGCCUCCUGCUCUGAAGAUGCCACGAUCAAAAUCUGGGACAUCCCCAAGCAGCUGCUGACAAGAAACCUCACCACCUACAGGAAGGAGCUGGUGGGCCACUCACGCAGAGUGGGCCUGGUGGAAUGGCACCCCACAGCCGCCAAUAUACUCUUCAGCUCUGGCUAUGACUACAAGGUGAUGGUCUGGAACCUGGAUACAAAGGAGUCUGUCAUCAUGAGCCCCGUGAGAACCAUCACCUGUCACCAAGACGUGAUCCUGUCCAUGUCCUUCAACACCAACGGCAGCCUGCUAACCACCGCCUGUAAAGACCGAAAGAUUAGGGUUCUUGAUCCCCGACUUGGGACAGUCCUGCAGGAAGCCAGCUACAAGGGACACCGGGCCAACAAGGUGCUGUUCCUGGGGAACCUGAAAAAGCUGCUGUCCACCGGCACAUCGCGCUGGAACAACCGGCAGAUGGCCCUGUGGGACCAGGAUGAUCUCUCGGUGCCCCUCACAGAGGAGGACCUGGACGGCUCCUCCGGUGUGCUGUUUCCCUUCUACGACUCGGACACCAACAUGCUCUAUGUGGUGGGAAAGGGUGACGGGAACAUCCGCUACUACGAGGUGAGCGCUGACAAACCUCACCUGAGCUACCUGACCGAAUUCCGCUCCUACAACCCACAGAAAGGGAUCGGGGUCAUGCCAAAGAGAGGUCUCGACGUGUCCUCCUGCGAGAUCUUCCGCUUCUACAAGCUGAUCACAACCAAAAGCCUCAUUGAGCCCGUAUCCAUGAUUGUGCCCCGGCGGUCGGAAUCCUACCAAGAGGACAUCUACCCACCAACAGCAGGGGCCCAGCCCUCCCUCACAGCCUAUGAGUGGCUCAACGGGAUGAACAGAGAGCCAAUCCUGGUGUCCCUUCGGCCUGGCUCCCAGCUGCUGAGCCCUCAGCCUCUGCCUCCGCAGCGAUCCCUCUCCAAUCCUGCAUCCCCAGCUUCACUCCUGCCCGUGGAUGCCACACCAAAGCUGGCUGCAGAAGACAGCCACAAGCCCUGCUCCCUGCUGGAGGAGAAGGUGCCACGGUGGGCAGUGGAGCACAGGCUGGAGGAGAAGAAAUCCUUGCUCACAAACGGCUUCGACAUUUUCGAAAGCCCCCCACCAAAGACAGAGAAUGAGCUGCUGCAGAUGUUCUACCGGCAACAAGAGGAGAUCCGAAGGCUCCGGGAACUGCUGACCCAGCGAGAGGUCGAGGCCAAGCAGUUGGAACUGGAGAUCAAAAACUUACAGAUGAAAUCUGGGCAGUUGUGAGCAAGGCCUCUGCCAUCCCCGCCCUCAGGGACACUACUGGCUUUGUGGGGAGGUCCAAACCCAAGCCUCAACUUCCCCCAAAACGACCACUAUUUCUAUAUUUUUAUCAGAAAACGAAACUGUCAGUCACUGAAAGAGAUUCCAGUGGGACGUGGUGCCGUUUUCUAUUUGCCUUCUUGCGACAACAGUUUCUGCACUGACUCUGUUUUUAGAUGAUACUCUGCCUUCUGUUGACUCCUGUCUAAAGGUCCACCGUGAGCUAUAAUUUCUCAAGAGGACGAAAGAACAUUUAUGCAAAGUUUGCCUGGAAAAGGGGUUGGAGAUUUAGCUCAGUGGCAUAAGCGCCUGCCUUGCAAGUGCGUGGUCUUGAGUUUGAUUCCCGGUACCGAUAAAAGAAAAAAAAAGACCAAAGUUUGACUGGAAGGACCUGGGAGGUCAGCUCUCUGUGAUGUUCAGGCUGUGCCAUACAGAAUGGGAGAAUGACUCAGGCAGGAGCCCAUUCCAACAGAUGGCUCCUUCUGUGUGUUUCAUAUGUGUGCCUGUGAAUGGAACACAGAAUUCUGCCACUUGCCUGAAUUUUUAGAGGUUUGAACUCUGACUCAGCUCCCUCAUAUUACAGGUGGGGAAACUGAGGCCCAUGGAAAGGCAACUGAGGCGUGUUUGAUGGCAGGACGAGACAGAUCCUGGACCCCUGGGGUUUUGCUGCUUCUAGUCUGGUGCAGUUCUCAGCCCUCGAAGCAGGAACCCCCUGGUUCUGGUCUCGCUUGUCCAUCUGAGCAGGAGGGCCCCUGGAAGGAGCUGCACCCCACAGAAACCUUGCACUCCAUCCCACGUGUGAGAUAUUGACCUUAGAAACUACACGCUGACACAGAAGCUGAGGGGGAUUGACCUGAAGGGAUAAGUUAAGGUUCAUCCCAGUUCUGCAAUAUAGACUGGGACUGGAAAUCCUCCUUCCAGGCCAGAGUGAGCGGAUGUGGGGAAAACACUGGUUCCUGCAUGGAGAUGCAGACCUUGGAGCUGAAUCUGUGGAGUCCAGUCUAUAUAGCCUGCCUACACCAUGAAGAUAUGGGCAGACUUCAGCCCAGGCUAACAAAAGAGGGCCCAGGAGGCCUGGGUGCUGGCAGAGCCCUGUGGCCACCAACCCACCAGUGAGGGUUUCUGGAGAGGGGAGGAAAUAGCCCCCGAUGGUCCUAAGUUACCUUCUGGCCUGGAGGUUUUUCUGUGUCCCUUCUUUCUUGCUUCUUUUUUGUUUUGUUUUUCUGGUACUGGUUAUUGUUUCCAAGGCCUUCAAACUAAGCUACAUCCCCAGCCCUUUUUAAUGUUUUUAAUUUGAGACAUGGUCUCACUAAGUCCUCGGCUGCCCAAGCUGGGCUUAACUUGUGAUCCUCCUGCCUCAGCCUCCCAGGCAGCUGGGAUUACAGGUGUGUGCCACCAUGCCUGGCUGCAGCCCUCCUUUUUUAAUCUCUGCCCUGAACCCUACUCUAAGGCUCUUUCUUUCUCAUGGUCAGUUCAGCAGCCUAGCCAGAGACUAAGAAUGAUAGGUAAAAUCUGCCUCUCCUUACCCACGGUGGGUGGACAAUAAGUUUUCCCCAUCCCAGGGGUGACUGGAGCACAUACGGACUGCAGAAGACAUAGCCUAAGAGGUUUCAAUUCAUACUGUACAAUAGAAUCCCCUUGAGAACCUUCAGGAACUAGAGAUGCCCAGACCCCAUUCUGCAUCCACCAAAGCUGAGUUUCUAGAGCCUGAGCCUCUGAUUUUAUAGCCGCCCCGGUGGUUCUGUAAAACAGUGAGGACAGAUACCCCUGGACCAAUCCCUAGGCCCUGUCUGCAGUAAAGAUAAAGAGAGCAGUGAACCCCAGACAGGAGCUGGGACUCAAAUACGGUACCAAACUGUCUUCGUCCCUCCCUACCAGGACUUGGCUGUCUGCAAACACCAAAGGCCUGUGUUCUUCGUCUUAGUCUCCAUUUCCCCAAACCACCAGCCAAACUUGCCUUACUUUGCUUAGGAGCAAAAGGCCAAGUCCCAGGCACUGUCAGGGGAGCACAGCUGCCCUGGCUGGUGUCUGUCCCGCCCCAUCUGUGGCCAGCACUUCACAGUUUACAAAGCCCUCCCACCUCCACUCAUUGGCAGGUGUUGCAGUCCAGUGUUCAGAAGGGAAGACCUAGCCUCAGACAAGAGAAGCAACCUCAAGCAAGGCCACUGACUGCCCAGCUGGGAGGACAGGGUGGGAAGGGUGUUUGAGUCUGGAGAGCUUCCAGGGGCCUUCAGAAGCUGCCCCGGGGAGAACUUGACCUCACACUUGGAGACAGUACGCAGAGGGCUUCGAACAAACUUUUCUUUUUUUUUAAACACCUAGAUAGAAUAAAUUAUUUAAAUUAUUUCACAGCAAGGGAGAGGGAUAGAUAAUUUUUAUCGAAUAUUUUUAAAACUUUUUUUUAACUACAUUUUUGUUUGUGUUCUUGAGCUGAUGGAGUGGACUGUGCCUAGCCUGUAGGCAGUGUCUGCAGCGCAUCUCCUCCUGCACCCCCCUUCGCCAGGAACCCCCUUCUGUUCACUCAGGAACUGUCCCUUGGAGAUGAGCUUCUGUGGGUCCACCACUCACUAUAGUGAUAGCCCUUCCCGAGGGGAGAGUUGAAACCGUAUCAUAGAGGGACACAAGAAGUCAGGAAUGGAGUGUAGCUUUUCACAUAAAACUGUGCCUGAAACAGUUCGAGUGAUUGUUUUACUGUUUCUGAAAUCCCUUGUACCUUUGUUUAAAAAAAAAAAGAGAAAAAGAAAAUGAAAAUAGAUACGGAAUUGUGCAAUGCAAAGAAUGUAACAAAACAAUAAACAUCUGGCUCACAUUUUAAUAAAUGAAA